AUAGGGAAGUCCACAAAAGAACUUAAGGAAAGAUUACUUGAGGUAUAAUACUAAACUUAAUUUAGUUAUCAAUAUAUUUCUAACCUAUGAAAUUUGGUGUAGACUUCAAUUGCGGAUGUUGACUGUUCUUAUCCAAGUGAACUGGACGAUAUUCUUUAUAAAAAAUUCAUGUUCAAGGUUAUUGUUAAGCAAGAGAAUAUUGAGUCACAGGUCGAAGUCUACAAAGUUCUUAAGCUUACUGAUGAUGAUGACCUUCUAAAGGAAUACAAUCACAGUUUAUUCGAUGAUACUAUCACUGAUCCACAGUUUUUUGAUGGACAAAGCUCAAGUGGAGAUAAGCUUUUCGGGGAUCUUAUGGCCGAAACUCAGCUGAAGUCUGUUUUGCAAACUCCCAUCGAGAAAAGCGUAUCAGAAAGUGGAUCGUCCGUGUUAGAAGAUGGUGAUGCUUGCAAUGCAAAAAUAUCUCCUUUGAAGACGUAUGACAAGAAGACUAGAUCCGCUAAUAAGGCAUCAGCAGUAGGACCAGAUGACGACUUCAAUUCUCAACUCUCUAGCAACAAGGUUCGCAGAGUCGUUAAGAAAGAAAAGAAUCUCUGAUUGCUUUUACUGAAAUGCCUUUAGCUAUGCAAUUGUAUAUUUUGUACUUAUGUCGAAUGAAUGUGCUGCUGUUGAUAUGUGAUCUGGUGAAAUGACUCUACCUAUGCAACUUCAUAUUAUCUUUAUUAAUCAUGAAUUUAAUUAUUACUUAUGUUGAAUGAA